CCCAACAAAAAGGCCCGUAGCUACUCCAAAGCCCAGGAACGGUACUGACUGAGGAAGGCACCUCCGCCUCCGGCCCCCAACCUCGCCUCUCUCCAUCUGCUCCGGUCCUCUCCUCCCCCUUGGCCCCUCUCGCCCCCAGAUCUCCAAGCCGAGAAUCUCCCAGAAGCCGUCGAGGCCCUACGCCCGCAGCCAUGUCAGCGAGCAGCACGCCGGUGGACGCCUCGGGCGAGCCGAUCCCAACGUCGUCGGUGCUGAUGGCGGCGUCCAAGCACAUCGCGGUGCGGUGCCGGCCGGAGAACGUGGCCUUCCUCAACUGCAAGAAGAAGGACCCCAACCCGGAGAAGUGCCUCGAGAAGGGUCGCCAGGUCACGCGCUGCGUCUUCAACCUGUUGAAAGAACUUCACCAAAAGUGCCCCAAGGAGAUGGAUGCGUAUGCUGGGUGCAUGUAUUACUACACGAAUGAAUUUGACUUCUGCCGCAAGGAGCAGGAAGCUUUCGAGGGUGCGUGCCCUGUUUCCGAGUAGCCUGCCCCCCUGAGAGUGAGUUUUACCCCCAGUGAUCUCUUGAGAAAUAAGGAGAAAAGCCGGCAAACCCUCCAAGUUGAUGAUCUCCCUACCAUGUUUAUUGUACCCAGAGAGUUUUGUUUGUAUGGGUGAAUAGCGCGUCAUUGAGCUGCUCAUCCCAUUCGCUCGUCUUUCUUCAGCAAUUACAUCUCUGUUUUGACUUUCGAGUUGGAUGCCAAACUUGACUCAGCUGUAGUCCUAAGUUGUUGUUGUUGAUGAUGAUGAUUCUUCCUUUGGCUUUGGUUAA